UAAAGUGAGAAAUAAGUGAGGCAAAGAGGAGGGAAUAAACAGAGGAUUUUACUAAUUACUUGUGUUCAUUCUUCCGAUUACUCUCUUAGCUUGGAUGUGACUGAUUGAGAGGGUUAUUUCACUUGGACAAACAAAUGGCGCCUCUAGAAGCUUUGGAGUUUGAUUAUCCGCUCAUCGAUUCAAUUUUCCGACUAUUUAGUGCUUCUCGCGGCAUUUUUACCGUUGAAGAUUUUCUCGUGCACGAUCUUCAUGCAUUGGAGGCUUUUGCGAAACGAGGCAAUGCACCAGACAAAUUGAUACAGGGAAUUAAACAAGUGUUAUCUAUAAUAGAGUAUCAAAGUCGGCCGUGGUCAAAUGGUUUGGAGUUAUUAGAGAAUGCUCGACUGAACAAGCACUCGACAGGAUACGAAAGUAUUGAUUCCCUUCUGCAGGGAGGUUUUCGUGAGGGGCAUGUCACAGAGCUAGUUGGGCCUUCAUCAUCUGGUAAAACUCAAGUUUGCCUUAAAGCUGCAUCACAUGUGGCAAGAAAAUAUUCGGGCACAGUGAUGUACUUUGACACGGGCAACUCCUUUUCACCAAAACGAAUUGCGCAGUUUGUCUGUCAGUCAUCAGAUCCAACUAAUACGGAGGGAAACAACACAAUUCAACAUGUAAUGAGAAGCAUAGUAUGCCAUCCUGUAUUUGACAUGUUCGCCCUUUUGGAUAUGCUCCAUCAGUUAAUGAGUGAUUUGAAAUCUCAGAUUGGAUACAAGGUCAGGAUGCUUAUCGUUGACUCACUUUCGUCGCUUAUAGCUCCAGUUCUUGGAGGCAGUGGUGCACAUGGUCAUGCCUUAAUGGUAACUGCUGGAUUCUUGUUGAAGGAACUCGCGCAUGAGCACAAUAUAUCCGUUGUGGUGACCAAUCACAUGGUUGGUGGAGAGGCUGGUGUUUCGAAACCAGCACUGGGAGAGAGCUGGAAGAGCAUUCCACACGUUCGGCUUCUAAUAUCGAGAUACAGUGCAACCAAAGACAGCACCAUCUCGAUACUCAAACACCCCUAUCUGGCGACUGGAAAGACUGCAGAUUUCACAGUUACGCGAUCGAUCAGAAGAUGAUGUUUUCUGGUAACUAUAAAUAUCAUAUGUACUCAAGUUAAUGGAGGAUAAUGUAGGGAAUGUUCUUCAGUCUAAUUAAGAUUCUUAUUUCCUAGCAAA